CAUGCUUCACCUAUAUCAGCUUUCACCGAACUUGGUGCUACUUUUCAAGAAACAAUUACAAAUGAAAAAUUAUCUAUGGCUGUUGGUCAGCGACAUAAACCUGCCAUGACGAAGAAGAGGACUACCAAGCAAGAAGACUCCGACGAAGACGACGGAUACUUGAAUGAACCAGUGGCUUAUCGUCCUUAUCCAGUUACCAAUACGAAAAUCAAAAGGACCAAGUAUUCCACCUCUCUAGAUCUCAGAGGGUACAUUCCCGGCAUUUGGAAAGCCCUUGGAAACAAUAAAGCUGACAUUGCUAGGUUAGUUGAUACCCAUCCUGACUUGGCUUCAACAAUCAAGAAAGUUAGAGGUGGAUUUCUUAAAAUCCAAGGGACAUGGUUUGCAUACGAACUAUGUCGCCGAACAUGUUACGAAGUUCGUGAAGAACUUGUCUCUUUAUUUGGACCAGAGUUCCCUUCUCAAGUUUUAGAUCCGACGCAACCUGGAUACGGUCGCCUUACACUUUCUGAUUCUGUUCCGACCAAGAAACGUCAAAGGCGCAAGCCAAAAGAUGUACGUAUUGAUAGCACACCUCCUGUAACUAAGGGCAAGACCAAGACUAUCAUCAAAAUGAUGGCUUCUCCAAUCGAUGAUGAUACUGGUGAACUUGCUCAUAACAUUAUGCAUGAAACCCGCGUUAUUAAUGAUCACGUUGUUGAUCAGCAUCUUCAUAAUACGGGUUGUCAGGUUCAGGAGAACCAUCAUCGUCAUUUGGUAAUUCUCCGUAAGCAAAAGCGUCCGGCUGACGAUAUACAUCUUGGUGAAAUGACUGUGGAAAAUCAGGCGAUUUCUAAACGAAGAAGGCAACAUUCACCUGAAAACGGUAGUCUUGGUGAUGAUGAAGACUCUUCCUCUGAUGAUGGUCUUGCACCUUUGGUAAUUAAUCGUCGUGGCUCGGACUCCGCUUAUUCUAGUGCUUCUCAACGCCAUGAUCAACUUCAAUUUUCUCCUGUUGAUACAACAUUGCAAAAAACUCACCGUGAACUUAUUCAUUCGCCUCGCUCUUGUUCUAUUUCUCCUACCUUUACACCUUCUGUUAUUGAACCUGCUCCUAUGACUAACUUUUAUAACCCUUAUCCUCCUCCAACUAUACAUCCCACCUACACUAAUCAGCCUCCAUCACCUUUGACAGAAAAUGAUCUCUAUGAAGCAAUUAAUGCUACUAUCGCAUUGCAACAAUUAUCCCAAGACGAUGGUGCCCGUCCUCUGCGGAAAGAUUCAACUUUUAGCGCUUGGCCUCGAAGUUUUAUCAUGGGUAAUCGUGAAUUUCAAUUUGUUGGCUGUCGAUAUCGUGUUGUUCGUUAUUGGUAA